ACCCCGAUGUUGUUUAUGUUUUGACACGAUGGCGUCUGUAGGGACCAUACUAACAUGUACUAUUCUCACUGUCUUUAUCGCCAUGCGGACUGUUCACGCAGCUAAAAACCUAGAUUUAGACCUGGGGUUUAAUGGAAAUGGCGACGACGACUUCAUGUCAUCUCUUGGGUCGAUGGUUGAUUCGUUAGCAGGAGCAUUCGAGGACGGCAAAGAAUGUAAAUACAGCUGCCCUAACGCCAAACAAGUCACCAAGCCGAGAAAAGACCAUGUUCCUACAAGUAAUGGUUGUGGUUCCUAUGGGAUGGUGUUAAACACGGAAAAGCUUCCCCAGAUGACUAAGUGUUGCGACAGCCAUGAUAUCUGCUAUGAUACUUGUAACGCUAACAAAGGAAGCUGUGACCGCAUCUUCAAGCAGUGUUUAGAGGUUAUGUGCAGUGACCUAGCUGGCAGUUUAUCUCGAGAGGAAUUUGAAGGUUGUGAAGCAACAGCAGAGUUAAUGUACCAAGGUACAGUUGCUUUAGGCUGUGGCAGUUUUAAAGAAGGACAGAAAAAUGCUUGUGAAUGUGUGAACAAAACCAGCAAAAAUGCUCACGCCAAACAAACAGAAAAAUCUCAAACCUUUGAGAAUGGCGAACUCUAGUUGAUAGACUGUCGAAGGGUAAAUGUGAACAAUACAAACUAUAUUUUUUAAGAUUGGAAAAAAAACAACUUCUUGCACUUUAGAGUGCCUUACAAGUACAAUAUGUAUUGUUACAUAUAUCAUUGUCUUAAACAAGUUUGAUGUUAAUUGACAAUUUCACAGAAUCUCCUUUUUAAUCAAUUUAUGAUUAUAUCAAUAAUUUUGUUACAAUU